UUUUUCUCCGAUUGGUUCUGAGGGGUAUAUUCGAGUUGCAAAAUGGCGGCCCCGAGCGCUCUCUUCAGCGUUCAGUAGCAGCUUCAGGCUGAGCGGAUGUCUCUUCUCCUCAGUUUCGGACUCAGAGACACGCGGCUCCCGACUCCUGCUGAUCACGAAAUCCUUGAAGGCGCUCAACGCACCAGAAUCUCCCAGCGGGCGCGACCGCCGCCUCGGCCCUGCUCUCCGCGGCGCCGGAACUCAGCGUGAUCUGCGGCGGCCGUCUAGGAGGUUCACAAAAAUGGCGAAGAGAGUUGCGGAGAAGGAAUUAACAGAUAGGAAUUGGGAUGAAGAAGAUGAAGUUGAAGAGAUGGGAACAUUCUCAGUGGCCAGUGAGGAAGUCAUGAAGAACAGAGCCGUGAAGAAGGCAAAGCGUAGGAAUGUUGGCUUUGAAUCUGAUAGCGGAGGAGCCUUUAAAGGUUUCAAAGGGUUGGUUGUGCCUUCUGGAGGAGGAGGGUUUUCUGGAUUUGGUGUUGGCUCUGGAGGGAAGCCUCUGGAAGGACUGACAAAUGGAAACAGCACAGACAGUGCCACGCCCUUCUCCAGUGCAAAGACAGCGGCCGAGCCCAAGGCAGCCUUUGGUUCUUUUGCUGUGAAUGGCCCUACUACUUUGGAUAAAAAGAUCUCCAGCCCUAAAUGCAAUAGCAGCAAUCAGCCGCCCUCCUCCGGCCCAGCCUCCAGUACUUCCUGCACUGGGAAUACCUAUCAUAAGCAGUUGGCUGGCUUGAACUGCUCUGUCCGGGAUUGGAUAGUGAAGCAUGUUAACACAAACCCACUUUGUGACCUGACGCCCAUUUUUAAAGACUACGAGAGAUACUUAGCGACGAUCGAGAAGCAACUGGAGAAUGGAGGUAGCAGCAGCUCUGAGAGCCAGACAGACAGGGCGACGGCUGGAAUGGAGCCUCCUUCCCUUUUUGGUUCAACAAAACUUCAGCAAGAUUCACCAUUUUCAUUUCAUGGCAACAAAGUGGAGGACACAUCUGAAAAGUUGGAGUUUACAGCAGAAAAGAAAUCGGACGCAGCACAAGGAGCAACAAGUGCCUCGUUUAAUUUUGGCAAGAAAAUUGAGAGCUCAGUUUUGGGCUCUUUAAGCUCUGGCUCCCUAACUGGGUUUUCAUUCUCUCCUGGAAACUCUAGUUUAUUUGGUAAAGAUGCUGCCCAGAGUAAAGCAGCCUCUUCACCGUUUUCUGCUAAAGCAUCCGAGAGUCAAACAGGAGGCAGCAGCAGUGAGUGCAGAGAUGGUGAAGAAGAGGAGAGUGACGAGCCACCCAAGGUGGUGGUGACUGAAGUGAAGGAAGAGGAUGCUUUCUACUCCAAAAAAUGUAAACUAUUUUACAAGAAAGACAAUGAAUUUAAAGAGAAGGGUGUGGGGACCCUGCAUUUAAAACCCACAGCAACUCAGAAGACCCAGCUCUUGGUGCGGGCAGACACCAACCUAGGCAACAUUCUGCUGAAUGUUCUGAUCCCACCCAAUAUGCCGUGCACCCGGACAGGGAAGAACAAUGUCCUUAUCGUCUGUGUCCCCAACCCCCCACUUGAUGAGAAGCAGCCCACUCUCCCGGUCACCAUGCUGAUUCGGGUGAAGACGAGCGAGGAUGCCGAUGAGUUGCACAAGAUUUUACUGCAGAAAAAGGACGUCUGAGCACUGAGGCUGACCAGGGCAUGUCACCAUGUUGCUGCUUCCCUUUGCCCCUAAACUUAGUCACAUUCUUUCCUCUUUCUACUGUGACAUUCUGAGAACUUCUAGGUAACUUGAAACUUUUGUGAGGAAGAUUAAGGCCAAUAAAUCCUUUCAGUGUGUCGAAGCUCUUCUCCCUUCCUAAGAACUAAGCAAAAUACAUUGGAGUGAAAAGUUUGGGAAGAUUUUUUAAUGUCGAUUCAUUGAGGAAACUAACCUAAGUGAUUCUUCCGGCCUGUAAUCAGGGUACCAGUUAGCUCUCCAAAGCCUCCCUCAGCCGGCCACGGGUGCCACUCUCUUCCUGCCCUGGGAGACUGAAUGGCAGUGUCCACAGAGUUCCAGAAGACACCGCCUGCUCCCCUCCUGUGGGCUUGUUUGGUCCGUGACUAGCACUCCUGCCAGAUACCACACCGGCACACUGUGACCGCGCUUGUUCUGUUUCCUUCUGAGCGGAACUGUGGGUCCUGGGAAUCUCUGUCCUUAGCCUGUUUUUGACAGGUGCUGGCCUUUGACCUGGGGCUGCUUGACUGAACCAGGCACUGCCUUUCCAUGGGAAGAGAGGGCAGGUAGUGGCUUGUGGGAGCUGGCGAGGUAUAGACUGGGUUUUGUCGUUUAUCCAUGAGGUGCUCUUACUUGCUUACCUCCCUAGUUAACAUGGAUGGGGGCUGUCAGGAAUAAUGGAUUUUAUUAAAAGCACAAAUUUGGUAGCAUUUUUUAAAUAUCAUUUCUAUACCACAAACAAGCCUUUAUUUUAAAAGAAAAAAGUGAAAUUGUGCUGAAAAGGGUUGUAUGCUCAUGGCCGUUUGUGCCCUGGGGACCUGGUGGGCACAGUCUGAAUGGAGCCCUCUCAGGAGCGUGUGCUCAUGAGAAGGAAGAGUGUGGGAGUGGAGACGGCUCAUUCGGCCUGUGACUUCAGACAGCAGCAUGUUCUUCAGCGUCUGAAAAGCCCAAUUUCAUUUUUACCUUUUUAUGGAUGAGGUAUUCUUGAGUCUGCCCACUUGGAAGAGAGCCAUGGUUCUACACGCCAUUCAUGCCACUUCAGAGCGGUGAGGUGACCGAUACUAGCAUUCUCUCAAGACCAGACAUCAGUUAAAUGCAAGGUUUGUUGACGAGCUGGUCAUGGUUCCCUCCUAACCCCAGUGCUGGAAAGCUGAGGCAGGAAGCCCAUGCGAGUUCACAACAGCCUGAGCUACGUAGUAGGACCCCUCCCCCCAUAAAAUAAAAUAAAAGUUUGACUGUCUAAAGUCCCAUUUUCAUUUCUCAUAAAACCAUUUGACACUAAGGGCCAGAUCUUGUCUGAGGGCUCAGGGUCAGUACCCAGGGGCGCACACUUGUGUGCUCACACUUGUGUGCUCACGCUUGUGUGUUCUGACCUGGGCAAACAGUCACAAGAACUGGAUGGCACAGUUGCUGUCUUAAAGCUGCAAUGCCAGGGUGGGAAGAAACCUGGUUAACUUUUGUUUUCACUGGGCCUUAGUCUCGCUAUGUGACCCUGGCUAGCCUUGAACUCACAUCUACCUGCCUUGGCCUCCUGAGCCCAAAGCUGCUUGCCUGUUGUUGAGGUGGGUGACAGCGCUCUGCUGAGCGUUUUGGCGUGUGUCUGCUCAUGCCUGUCUGCUGCUUGGGCUGCGGACCUAGGGAGGUGCUGUGCGUUUGUUUGCCUUUAGCAUGGAGAAUUGGUUCCUAGCAAGCAAGCUGCUGCGUCUGUUAUCACAGGCCUGGCCUGUUCACAUUGGGUCUGCCCAGCUUCCCAAAGAUGAAAUGAGGGAUGCAUUUCAGAACAGUGCUGUGCAGCCACGUGCCUGUGGAGCUGACAGGCGUCAGACUCACGGGCACUGUCAGGAACUUGUCUCUGUGGUGGCGAUGCUCUGUGAGCAUCUGCCCAUGCCUUGAAUAUCUACCAAAAGAAUAAAAGCAAAAAAGGUCGUGACCGGAUUGCCUUCUGAAGCUCUCCAGCCAGUUUUAAUUGUAAAUUAGUGAGUGUGGCUUUCUUUUUCUAACAUUCCCAGCAGAGUUUGCUGCUAAAGACUUACCACUUUUGGAAACAAGAAUUACAGGGGAGGUAUGUGGUGUGGCUGUAACUCAGUGUCUUGUCUUCAUGCUCUAGGAGCUUGCUCAGUGCAUCUGACCUGAGUGUGGGAGUCACUGUAAAGUCUGCGUGUCACAGGGAGGCCCCUGGAGGGCUCUCUGUUCUUCCUCCACUGUGUUUGUAGCUGGUUCCAACCCCUGGCUUAUACUUCAUUUAUGUUUUAACAUGUUAGGAACUUGCCUGUUGUGUGUUUAAUAAGAACUGAGUUGUUUGUCUCCAGUUUGAAAAUCUAAAGUGUCUUUACCUGAAGGAAGUGUGUUCUCUGUGGUCAGGUGCAUCUAGCAGAUGCUAAGCCUGGGCCUUCCCACACUGUGUCUCACACUUCGCACAUUCCCAGCCCUGCCCUGUCCUCCUCAGACAGCCACACUGUACAGGCUGUGGCGGUGUCAAUGGCAGGUCUGACUGUUGGUGGGCUGAUUUUCUGUUUUUCCAUUUCAGCUCUAAAUUCUAUUUUUUACAUGCUGUGUGCCAAAAAUACCUCCUAUGGCAUAGAGGGGAAAUUCUACCUUGUUGUCAGGGAAAGCCCUUUUCCCUACCCUUUGAAGGUUAAGGCUGUUCUUGCCAGCUUGUUCAUUAUGUUACUAUUUCUGAAGAUGAGAAACAGCCCCUUGAGGCUGCAGAGUACCCACUUAGAGCACUGGAGUGGGGGGUUAAGGAAACGACCUGUUCUGUCACUUGUAGGUGAGGUUGGGAGUUCUUCAGGGCAUCUUUCUAGCCCCGUGCUCUGUACACGGCCAGAGGGCUCUCCAGAAGCAAUCACAAGACAGGACUGUCUUUCAGAUUUGUAAGGGGGACGUAAGACUUCUUAGCCAUCACAUGGAAUAAUCUGCUUUCUACUUUGAACAGGAACUUGUCUAUAGCUGAAAUACUUGAAUUGUCAGGCAGUGUAAUCUCAGUGUGUGUUAGCUUUUGAAUGAGCCUGUAAGGAAGUGUAUCAAUCCAUGAAAUGUGAAUAAAUGGAAAGUUUAAAAACCA